UUUCUAUGCUACUUCAUUGGACGAAGGAUAAUCAUGAACUCAGUUGAACUAUACUCUACCCUCCCCUCUGCUCACUCUAUUCGACUCCUCAAUCUACAUCCUGGUACCUAUGGGAAACAGAUUACUUGUUCUCUCAUUGUGAUCGAUGACUAUACAUCAGCACCAGAACACAAAGCACUUAGCUAUCACUGGGGGAAUGCAAAUGACACCACCGAAUUGACUUGCAAUGGAAACCCCAUCUUCAUUACGAAGAAUCUCUACGCCGCUCUUCACCGAAUACGUGGAGAGACGCAGCCAUGCCUCAUCUGGGCCGACGCAAUAUGCAUCAACCAGAAAGACGUCGAGGAAAAGAACCAGCAACUCACUAUAAUGCCGGAUAUAUAUCAUCGCGCUUCAAGCGUCAUUGUAUGGGUCGGCCAUGGCGACGAAAACACGCAUAUAGCACUGGAUAUGAUUAAAUCCAUCGGCUACGCUUGCUGCAGGGAAAUUUAUGGGUCUAGUGUUCCCCAGGAAUCCUAUCUACCAACCCUUCGGAAGGAGCCCGAAAGAACACAGCUGGCCAUGAGAACCAACUUGGCAAGCCUGGAAGAAAUAUCGUACACGAUUCCAAGCUGGAAGAUGCUCUGGCGUUUCUUCCAGUCCGAGUGGUUUUUUAGAGUCUGGGUCAUUCAAGAGGUUCGAGACUGUGCAGACGUUUGGCUACUGUGUGGAGAGGAAAAGAUUGAAUGGGAUCUUGUAGCCUUGGCUGCGAAUUGGGUGCUUCAUUCCGCAGAUCGAGACGACAUGAUUGAAUGGAGGAAGGAAUACUACCCGUCCUAUCACGGAUUUCGCAAUGCAUUCUUGAUGUGGGAUCGAUCAUGGAGUACUCGUAGAGAUGCUCCUUUCCUAGCUUUUCUCCGCCGCGUUCGAAGUUUUCGCUCCACAGAUCCUAGAGAUAAAAUAUUCGCGGUUUUACAUCACCAUAUCAUUCAGGCGAAGUCAAUAGGAUCAAUCGAAGAUGCUAGAGUUACACAUUCUUCUGAUCCAUCAAUUCAUUCUUCGGCCACACAUCUCGGUUUCGAGGCAGAUUACAGCAUGACUACGUACGAGGUCUAUCGCAAGAUAGCAUUAGACUCAGUCAGAUACUAUCAAAACCUCGAAAUUUUAUGUUAUGCAUGGCCAACAGCAAAUCUAGACACAUCAUAUCCCUCGUGGGUACCCAGGUGGGAUCUUCCUACCGCCUCUGGAGGCAUGUUACUGCCAUUCCUUUACAAUGCAUCUCCUGGGACAGUGCCAUGGCUGCGGCAUAGCUUUGAACCAGAUAACUUGACUUUGCGAGGUCUUUGUGUCGGAACGGUCGUAGACAUUACGGGUUUUCUCAAGUUUGACGACAAACAAGGUCUUACAAACAACGCAGAUUGCGACGACUCUGUCAGAGCGUCCUUGAUAGAAGUGUCAAGAAUUCUGUUACAAGACAAAUGGCAAGAAGAGUCAGACCGAGACGAAGAGAAUACUGCCCAACGCGCUAUCGAUAAUCCUCGGGCUCACUUUGCCGAUUUCUGUGCCUAUCUCCUACCCCUCCUUGAGGGGCAUGCACAGGACAGCUAUAUCACUUUCGAUUCCUGGUGGUGCAAUCUUUGCUCAGAAUAUAUAAUCAAGCAACGGCAAGCGGUGCCCAAGCUUCCCAGAAUGUACCACUGCCGCAUCUGCGAUGACGACGAUUUCGAUCUAUGUUCCAAUUGCUAUGACUCUGGAAAGUGGUGCAAGGACUCUAGGCAUAGACUGAAGAGCGUGAAACCGGUACAUUUAUGGUGUCCGUAUAACGCUCAGGUGAUUCAGCAACUUAGAGUGCAUGCAAGUACAGGAAAUGCCGACCGCUUCGGAAGCCAAUCCAAAUUCGCUUGCGUGAGUCGUGUGUUUUUUACUGCCUCUCGGGGGUGGAAAGGUACAGGAUCGAGACAUAUCGAGCCUGGGGACUUUUUGGUUGUUUUAUUUGGGUCCCGGGUGCCUUUUAUAUUACGGAAAUAUGGUACAGGUUAUCGCUUGAUCAGUGACUGCUAUAUAUAUGGUCUUAUGGACGGAGAGGCGAUGCGCAUGUACGAUGACGGCGAGCUGGAGCUGGAGGACUUCGUCAUCCAAUGA